CGUUUUUUUUAUUUUUGUAUGGUUAAAAAUGAUUUCCAGCAGGAAUACGUGUGUGUAGUUUUUUUUGUUAAAACUCGUGAAUGGACUCGCCCGACAGGAAGUGUCCGUGUUAGAUGUAAACAUAAGUGACCACACAAACUUGUGCCAUGUUCCUCAGAUGAUCUCCGACUGUCAGCAUGUGGUCAUGGCUGUGGUGUGGACUCAGUAGUGACCACACAAACCUGUGCCAUGUUCAUCUCUCAGACUGGUAGCAUGUGGUCAUGGCUGUGGUGUGGACUCAGUAGAUCAGGUGGCUCAGGUGUGUGUAGCGGCACAGCUCUGAUCCUGACCCUCACUUUGUUAGUGUGGCUUUGUGGACUUCAUGCCAGUCUGAGUUUAGGGCCAGGAGGUGAAGUCCCAGGUGUCUACAAUUUUAUCUUCUAUGCUGUGAGUCAUGAGGAGUUUGUGUCUUUGCUCCAUGAUGUCGUACUCUUGCUGUAUCUCGGCCCGAGGCAGGAGAGGAAAUGGGGCACUGUGGUCUUCCUUGUCCUGUCUCUUGCCUCUACAGUGCUCCUGCCCCCUAUUUACGCUCUCUUCCUCUUUGUGACGGGGGACGAAGCCAGUCGAAUAUGUGGCUACUCGGGCACCCAGCUGGCUCUGCUGGCAGCUCAGUGUCGACAGAGCAAACGUAGACGAGUCCUACGCUGCCUGCCUCCCUGGUCCCUGCCUUGGCUCGUCCUGCUGGUCGAUUUGUUCCUUCUUCCGAGCGCGCCAGGACUUCUGCACUUCUAUGCCAUCUGCCUGGGGCUUAACUACAGCACUGAGUUAAUCGAGGUCCUGCAGCGGCUCGAGGGUCUGGGAGUGUGCUCCUGCCUUCCACCGUGGCUUUACGUUUCCAAUAAAUAUCAACUACCAACCUACAUCAGCCCCAUACAGAGAUCUUUCCCACAUGCCGAGUUUCACACAGGAGGCCUCGCUUCUACCAGCAGGUCCCAGUUAGAGAGUCACGCACACACACAACCCUGGAAACACACCACCCCCGAGUGGCCACGACAACCUGUUAAUGCGUCAGACGAGCAGCUUCUGGACGAGGAGUUGUUAAGAGCAGGGAUCCUGGCGUCGCUGCAGGACGCUCCCGAAGGCACAGCCGAUAAAGUGGAAGUCCAGAAAUCCUCUGUGUCUUCUCUCAGGCUGCAGCAGCUGGAGAAGAUGGGGUUCCCGAUGGAGAAAGCAGUGUUGGCUCUGGCUGCGACUCCUCACCUGGACGGAGCGAUUUCUCUGCUGAUCGAUGACCAGGUUGGUGAAAACGCUGUGGUCAUCUCUAAAGGGAAGAAAGCAUCAAGCACCUGACUCAAAAUCUAAUGGAUUCAUCUGAGUGACAUCAGACCGAAUCAGACCUUUAAUUUCUGUCUGUUUCGUUUGGAGCAGAGAAAACUGAAGUGUUAUAUAAUUGUGUGUGUGUGUGUGUCUGUCUGUCUGUCUGUCUGUCUGUGUGUUGUAGGAAAAUCAUUUAAAGUCAUUGUUUUAUUUAUUCAUCUGUCCCAUUGUUUAAGGUGGCAAUGGGUUUCAAGGUCUGAGUCAAGAAGGAAUGCCGAGCAUUAGAGGUGAACUCGUUUCUAUGGUAAUGACGGGGUCUGAGAAAACUCUUAUGUUAAUGGGAUUAAGGGUGGGUGAAAGUCCAGGAUCUGGUGUGGGGCUGUAACAUGUAACAUCCUUUCUUGUUUUGAUUGUCACCCGAGCGUUUUGUCUCCAUCUGAUGGGACCCCCCCCCCCCCCAUGUGUAUAUUUACAAUGUAUUACAACUUUAAGUCAGACGUGAUGACCGCAGCACCCGUGUCACGACGCUCUGACUUGCAGACUCGUUUCAUGGUGUAUCUACAAUAAAGACUACUGCACAAGGA